AAGCAGGAGAAAAAUCUAUACAUAAAUAAACAUAUUCGUUUGCAUAUGUAAGUGGUAGACUAGACGGAAAAAAAAAAUUGCAUAGAUUUUUGUAUUUAUUUAUUUAAUAUUAGUAAAAGGAAGCACAUAUAUUGGUGUAAAUAUGGUUUCCAUAAAUGAUUUUGAAACUUCAUUUCAAACAAUCAAACAAUUGCAUAAUCAAGCUUUUAAAGUAGUAGAUGAGGCAGUACGGCUUGAAGAAAAUGAAAAACCUUAUGAAGCAUUAGAAAAAUAUAAAAAUGGAGUCGAAAUUAUAGAUAUGGCACUUUCUACACCAGUUGGUUUACCGGAGAACUUUGUCAAUGUUAAAGCUCAGUGGAAUGAGGCUUGCCAAAUGAUACAUAAAAUGAAAAGAGCACGAGCUGAAAUCAUACAAAGAAUAAGCAUUUUGAGUCAAAAUCAUCAAGCAGCGAUUGAUGUUGGAACUGAUGCUUUAGUUGAAGUAAAUGAAUCAGGCCGCCCCCGCACAUAUACUGAAUUAGCUCAAGCUUUAAAGGAACUUCAAUUUGAUGAAACAGACACCCAUGAUUUGGAACUUUUAUUUCAAUGUGAAGGUGUUAAAUUGUAUCAUAUUAAACCAAAUGGUUUAGUAACGACUACAUCGGAGAACUCAACAAUGCGUAUUGUUUGUUUAGCUAAGGAUCAAAAAAAAAAUCUUCAAACAACUUAUUUUAUUCAAAUUAUAAAAACGUGUAAUGCAGUACCACUUCAAAUUAAAAAUGAAACUCCAGACAAAGAUUUGCCCGACACACCCUCUCCAACGAGUUCGUUUUGUAUAAUUUCCAAUCCAAACCAUCCCCACGAUAAUUUCGAUGGACAAGAUGAAUCAUCAUGGAUUUAUCCUUUAAUCCCUGGUGUUUCUCCAUGCUAUAGAACAAAGUUUGGGGCUUUUAUUUUCCCAGAUUUAGAGGGAACUGAAUGCGGAGCUUCAUUUGGAAUUAUCGUGCCCAAAGAGGAUGAAGCUGAUCUUUUGGCAUUAGAUCUGCUAGAGGCUAUUUUGCACGGGGUUAUUAUUGAAUCUAUUGAGGAAGCUAAAGCACGUCCGCCUCGUCGCAUGAGUGUCGUUGUUUCAGAAAACAUAGUUAAAGGGGCUCAAUUUAUCUCAAGAAAUAUAAUUAAAGGCGCUGAAAAAACUGGAGAAUUCAUGACAUAUUCAACACCUUAUUUGAUUUCUAAAAUUGAUAAAGCUCCUCAAAAUCAACACGUUCCCGGAAACGUUCAGACAACAAUGCAAGUCGUCAAGAAUGUCAGUGGUGUUGCGGCAAAUGUAACGGGUUAUAUUGCUGGUAAAGUAUGUUCAUCCACAAUGGCAUUAGGAAGGUAUUUAGCUCCACAUAUACAAAGACAUGGAUCUAGAUUAUUAUCGAAAAGUUUUGGCAUUGAUGAACAAGAUGCAAAUGAUAAAAUGGCUGGUGUUUUAACAAUAGCAGCUGGCGCUGUAGAAGGUUUCAGUACUGUUUAUGCUGGAUUGGAAGAUUCUGCAAAUAUUUUAGGUCGUAAUAUAAGUGAAAAUUCUGUAAAGCUCAUUGAACACAAGUAUGGAAAAUCUGCAGGCUCUGUCGCUCAUGAAACAUUUGAUACAGUUGGAAAUGUUAUUAAUGUAAGUCGAAAUGUUAAUUACAUUACACCAAAGGGUAUUGUUAAACGGACAGCUAAAAAUGCUGGAAAAGCUGUAAUUGAAGAUUUUCGACCAACUUUACAAGAAACGUCAGACGCAUCAGGAGGAUCUUUACCAGCUGCAGGGUUAUAUCCAGAACUAGAAAAUUUUGAAAUGCAAAUUCAAAAGAAAUAAAUAUCUUAUUUUUAUAUGUUUAUAUAUAUACAUUAUAUCAAUACACUUGGAAGAAGCUGUCAUUUUCAAACAAAUUGGCUUUAAAUGUAGGAUUAGGAUCUUUAUCAAAAUUAUGAAAAUUUUAAAAUGUCAGUUUUCUAUGAUUGAUUUCUUAAUGCAUAUUAAUAAAUAAAAGAAAAGGGUAUACGACGUGCAAACGCAUAAUGCACACGAUUUAUUGCCACAGUCUUAGUUAUAUAAUAUUAUGUAUGUACUAUACACAUACUAUGUAUAUCCUCAUUAGAUAAGAAAUUACAUUGCGCUGUUUCUUUCUAUUUUAGAGAUUUUUUUAAAUAAAUCAAUAUUUAAUUAAAAUCUUUUAAAAACAUGAUUUUAUCCAGUUUGGAAAAGAAAAGAUUCUAUUUAACAUUAAUUCUGAAAUUAUUAAUAAUUUUGAUAUAAUUUAAUCAAAAAUGAAACUCAUAAUUUUUUUAUAUUUUAACACGUAAGGAAAGAGGAUUUUUCUUUGUAUCAUACUUUUAGAAACUGAAAGUUUAGAAUGACAGCUUCUUCCAUUAGGGUCAUUUUGAAAAUGUACUUUGAUUAAAACUUAAAAAGAAAGCCAUAAAGACUAUAUUAUAUACCUACUUAUACUUAUAUAAGUUGAAGGUUUAAAUUUUUACUCAAAGGAUUAAAUUUUCAAAAUCACUUCAUUUACGCGUAUAUUACUAUAUAUUUUUAAAUUAAUUUAUUGGAUAUUAAAUACCUAAUAUAAAAAUAUACACACAUACUUACAAAUAAUAAGUUGGGCUGGUAUUUUAUAUAGUAUUAAGUGCUUAAAGUGUAAAAUCUCAUUUUUUACAAUUUUUAUUCAAAGAAUUGGCGUAAAAAGACUUCCAUAUGUAUUUUCGUAAAUAUAUACUCAUUUUGUUAUCAAUAAAAAAAAAAAAAUUUUAAAUAUAAUUUUAUGCUUUUUAAUUUAAAUAUAUACACACUUCUUAUUAUGAAAAAUUUUGCUGUUAAUUUCUUUUAUCUAGAAAUAUUUAUCAUUUCUGUCCAGUUAAUUAUUGUUUUACAAAAAUUAUCAAUUUUAAUACAACGGGCACCAUCACAAUUAAUACAAAAUUAAACAUUUUGCAGUUCCCACAAAGAGUCCAGUUGACUAUUAUGAAACGUUUUUAUUAUUAA